AUGGAAUUGUAUGCGAUGAGGUACAACUGUGACUACAUGGUUACAAAAUCGGAUACAAAAUUCUGGUGUAUUCGCUGCAUAGAGGAUAUUUGCAAAUGGAGUAUUCGUGCUGAGUGUUUAAAUGGGUCUACGUAUUUCAAGAUCAACAAGUUUGUGGGUCUCCAUACUUGUGCUCCUUCAAAGAAGAAGAAAUUUUGUAGGACACCUUCAGCUAAAACAAUUGGACAUCUCAUUAUGCAGAAUUAUGAGGGUGUAUUGGAAGGGCCUAAACCGAAUGAUAUCAUUAAUAAUAUUCGUACAGAGUAUGGUUGUGAUUUAACUUACUCUCAGGCAUGGGAGUCUCGCGGGUAUGUAGUGAACGAAGUUAGAGGUAUUCCUGAGAAGAGUUAUGGUAUAAUACCAAAAUACUUGUACAUGAUACAAGAAGCGAAUCCGGGUACAUUUACAAAUUAUGAAGUUGAUUGCGACAGUAGAUUCAAAUAUCUUUUUAUAUCUUUUGGUCAGUCAAUAAGAGGAUUUUACAAGGGAAUGAGGAAAAUUAUUGUGGUUGAUGGAACAUUUCUGAAGAACAAAUACAAAGGAGUUAUACUAGUUGCUACAACAGUAGAUGAGAACUCUGAUUUGUAUCCAAUAGCAUAUGGAAUUGCUGAUUAUGAGAAUGAUUUUUCAUGGGAGUGGUUUUUUGAGCAACUAAAGGUUGUUACUUGUUAUUGGAGAUGA